AUGAGUACUGGUGAUUGGAAGCAAAUUGCAAAGGCAAAGAAAGAAUCUGUUGACAAGCUGAUCCCUAAAGAAUGGAGGCUACCAGAUGAUAUAAAGUCAAAAUACAAUGAAACUACCCCAGUUAGCGUCAUUGGCUUGCAUAAAACAUUUGGGAUAUUAAAUGACAAAGAAGUUGAGAUUACUGAAGCAUACACUGCUAAUGAAUUGUUGAAGCAUAUUGCUGAUAAAAAAUUCACCUCAUUAGAAGUUGCAACUGCUUUUUGUAAAAGGGCAGCCAUUUCAACCCAAUUGACAAAUUGCUGUACCGAGUUAUUGUUUCAAGAGGCUUUAGCUAGGGCUAAAUGGCUUGAUGAAUAUCUUGAAGAGAAUGGGAAAACUGUUGGCCCCUUACAUGGCUUACCAAUCUCUGUUAAAGAUGCAAUGAACAUUAAAGGUUUUGAUUCCACUAUUGGGUAUGUUUCAUUUAUUGGGAAUAAAAAGGAUAUCAAAGAAGAUGCAGCUCUUGUCAAGAUCCUCUUGGAAUUAGGUGCUGUCAUCCAUGUUAAGACAAACAUCCCAACAACAAUGAUGUCUGCUGAUUCUGAAAAUAACAUUUUUGGAAGAACUUUGAAUCCAUUGAAUUUGACUUUGACAGCUGGUGGAAGUUCUGGGGGUGAAGCAAGUUUGAUUAAACAAAGAGGUUCAUUGGUUGGUAUUGGUACAGAUAUUGGAGGCUCUGCUCGUAUUCCUUCUUUAUGCUGUGGUGUUUAUGGGUUCAGAACAAGUAAUUUCAGAUAUCCUCAAGAGGGAAAAGUUUUGAAGAGCAGAAACAACUACUCAAGUCCAGUUUCCGCUAUUGUUGGUCCAAUGGCUUAUGAUUUUGAAAACUUGAAUCAAAUGAUGGAUUUAGUUUUGAAUUACCCAAAGGCUUCAAAAUAUGACCCAGACCUUAUUGCUAUCCCUUGGAAUAAUAAUCUUUCAUUACCUAAAAAGAUUAGAGUCGGUGUUAUCUUGGAGUGUGGUUCUGUCCCAUUAAAUCCACCAAUGGAAAGAAUCAUCAGAGAUGCAGUUGAUAAACUUUCUAAAUCACCUUUAAUUGAAAUCGUUAACUUGACUGAUUUCCCUUCUUUCCAAUAUGGUUGGGAGUUGUUGCAUGGAUAUUUUACAUCUGAUCCAAAGAGUGAAAUCAUAACAAAUCUAACUAAAUCUGGUGAAAAAAUGAUAAAAUCUUUAAUUUUUUUAGUUGAGGCUAAUAAUUCUUUUAAAACUCCUAAAGCAUUUGAGGAUUUUUAUGAAUUGGGUGAAGCAAGAUAUCAAGUUAAAAGACAUUGGCUGAAGAUAAUCAAUGAUAUGAGUUUAGAUAUCAUAUUAUGUCCAGGUGCUUCACAUACUGCUCCAAAGCAUGAUACGUUUGGUAAUUGCCCUUACACAGGUAUGUGGAAUCUUGUUGAUUUUCCUUCACUUAUUAUUCCUUUUGGUAAAGUGGAUAAAGAUAUUGAUUUGGAUGAUCCAUCAAUUAAAUAUUGUGAAGGAACUCUACAAACUUAUGAUAAAGAUGUACAUCAUGGAAGUCCAGGCCACAUUCAACUAGUCUAUAGAACAUUACAAGAUGAGAAUGUUUUGAAAGUUGGUGAGAUCAUUGACAGGGUUUUGAAUAAAUCAUGA